AUGGCCUGCUCAACUUUUCCAGCCGACAAUGUUGAAGUCACAAUCGAUGAAUUGCUUGUAACGCCGGAAAUUCAGGAGCUGCUUGCGACAGAAACUCUCGAUAGCACUCGAGACGAGGUUGCUUCAGCAACGGCUAGCAUCGUCAAUUACAACAAUAAUGGCAGUCCAACUGGCAAGCUUGACUCAGACAAGAACGAAUUGACGCAGAGUAAAGAAGUUGAAUGGACGAUCAAAGACAAGAAGGGUCAAGAAGAAGAGAAAGCAGUAGCCGGUAGAAUCUCACCAGCUUACAUUGAUUCAGAGAACUGCAAACAAAAGCAGGAAACAACCUUGCGACCAAAUAGUGAAGAGCGGCAAGACUUGACUCAGCACAAGACACCUUUAAUUGCUCGAUGUGAUUCAGACUUACUUGCCGAUGUAGACAAAAACGUUCUCCCAUCUGGACAACAUAUACAUGUUAUCGAUGACGCUGAGUUUAAUGACCUUCGUCACAAAUUGCAGCUACAAACAGCGGCAAUUAAAUCAGGCAGACGCCGCAAGGAAGAAGGACGAGAACAAGAGAUCCAGAUCCAUGAACUUCAGGAAGAGCUGUCUCAUCUGCAAAGCGUUGAAACCGAACUCGACACAUAUAAGCAGCGUUCUCUUCAUUCUUUACAAGAAGAGCUGAUGAUGCACCAAAAGGAGAUAUCCUACCUAGCAAGAGAGCUUGAAAUUGCGGCCAGAAAAUGA